AUGGCAUCUUUGAAGAUAUGGGAUCAUCUGCAGGCUGGCAGCUCCGAGGUGGACUGGUGUGAAGACAACUACAAAAUCGUCCCCACCAUCGCCGAGUUUUACAAUACAGUCAGCAACAUUUUGUUUUUUGUUUUACCACCCAUAUGCAUGUGCCUGUUCCGUCAGUACGCCACCUGCUUCAACAGCGGCAUAUAUUUAAUAUGGACCCUACUUGUUGUGGUUGGAAUUGGGUCAGUGUAUUUUCAUGCAACACUGAGUUUCCUGGGGCAGAUUUUGGAUGAAUUGGCUAUUCUCUGGGUGUUAAUGUCUGCAUUAGCAAUGUGGUUUCCAAAAAGGCACUUGCCAAGAAUGUUCCGACAUGACAGGUGGAGAUUUAAAGCAGUAGUUGGAAUUCUAUCUGGAAUUACAACAGUCUUGGCAUUUAUCAAGCCUGCAAUCAACAAUAUUUCUCUAAUGACACUUGGAAUACCCUGUACAAUCUUACUCAUCACAGAGCUUAAGAGGUGUGACAACAUGCGGGUUUAUAAGUUGGGUCUGAUGUCAGGCUUUUGGUGGACCUUAGCAUUAGUCUGCUGGAUCAGCGACAAAGCAUUCUGUGAAAUAUGGUCUCAUUUCAACUUUCCUUACCUCCACUGUGUAUGGCACAUUCUCAUCUGCCUGGCUGCCUACCUCGGCUGUGUCUGCUUUGCCUACUUCGAUGCAGCAUCUGAAAUCCCAGAGCAGGGGCCUGUCCUAAAGUUCUGGCCCAGCGAGAAGUGGGCUUUCAUCGGAAUUCCCUAUGUCAGCUUGCUUUGUGCCCACAAGAAGUCACCUGUGAAAAUUACAUGA